AUGGACUCUAUCGAAUACAAUAAGAAGUUUCGAGUUUCAUCUUCCACAAUAUCCAGUAAAUCAAGCAGCUCAAUCCCUAUUGAUGAUUCUAUCCACUACAAUCACACACGUUCUUCAUCGCAAUCUGAUUCACAGUGUCUAAAUAUAUUCGGAAAGAGGAGAUCAAUUUAUUACGAUGAUAAUUGCCAGUCCUCUGAAAAAAUUUCUGAUCACUUAUCGCUCGAAGAAUUUAACAAUUCUAAAUCUGGAUAUAAUGAGGAGGGAAUUUAUGUAGAAGCAAUUAUCCCUAAUGUCAGAAAGUUUUUAAACCUAAUCACUUCACUUUAUAUUGAAAAUUCAAACAAGAGAUAUAGUCAGACAAAUAGGAUCAAUGACUGCCCUAUAUACUUCAAAUUUGACCAAAAAAACAUUAAGAUUCAUCAUAUUUCUGAAUCCAAAUCAUUGUAUACUUGUUUAAUACUUGAGGUGGAUGAACUUUUGAGCUAUAAUAUUUAUCGCAAAAAUGACGAUUUGAUAAACUCUCUGGAAUUUACAAUAGAUUUUCACGCCAUAAUAUUAUCAUUGGUCACAUUCAAUCCAAAUUCGUCAUUUAAAUUAUGCUUUGACUCCAAUUAUGGAUUGCUUGUGCUGGAGGAGAUUUUUCCAAAACGAUUUAAUUUAAAAACCAAUAACCAGCAAUGCAUCACUUGUAAGAUUAAGACAAUGCAAAAUAAUUCAUUCGAUAUACCCAUCGAUAUUGUCAAGAUCACACAAGACUCUAGAUCGAAUUCGGAUUAUGGUAAUGAUACUAUCUCAAUUUAUUCUAACUACUUGUACAGCUGUCUAUAUGAUAUUACAUCAGAUUUUAGUAAUGGGAAGCUUGUGCUAGCAAUAUUCCCAGAAGAUGACUCCCUAAACUCAGUGUUAGUUAUGGCAAAAAGUCAACCAACAAUAUCUACACAGUGGAACUUCAGGAUGGAUUGUGAAAUAUUUGAAAAGUUCAAAAUAACAUCUAAACAUGAAUACUACUACAGUAUUCGAUCAUGGGCACAAAUUACUAAGGGAAUUAAGAAUUCAAAACUUGUUAACAUACUGGUGCAAUCAAAUGGUAUAUUGUUGUUAGAGAUCGAAGGACAUAAUAUCACAAACAAUGAGGUUAAACUUGGUAAAUCUGCACAUAAAAUCUACUACUAUUUAUAUCCUAUCACAUAA